UAACACACCAUUUGAGCCAAUCUUCAAAUUCACGAUCCAACUUAGAAAAAAAAGAAACCGAAAAACGUUAACAAUUUUGGUUUGAUCAUUAUUGCGCGAAAUUUGUAUCAUCUUUAAAAUUUGAAUGGAAGCAAUAAACGUAUUACCAAUUAUUAUUACAGAACUUAUCGAUCUAAGAAAAUCCGCACCAGAGCCUCGAUGUUCCAACAUUGUUGUGGAUUAGAUUUCAAAACAAGUGCAAUCAAAUAGAGGAGGGGGAAAAGUUAAUCUUAUAAACCAGUUUCAGGCUUACCUUGACCUACAAUAAAAGCAGCCGGUUCAGGUAGAGCGUGGAAUAAAGGCAUAAACAGAUUUCUCAUAAACGUCAGAAAGCAUAGAAUGAAAGACGUACAGACAAGAUUAGAAUUCCAUCCCGUUGAAGUUCGUUAACUUUUCAAUUCCUUUGUGUAAACCAUUGUUAUUGUGCCUUUAUUUUGUAACCUGCUGGACGGUUCCCUGCGGCAAUCAUGUUUUUUCCUCGUGGGGUUCGCACUCACUGCAAUGAAACGGCUGUGACAGUAAUCGCUUAUCAACUGUUUUCAAGUAUCCAAGAGGUGCCCUUACGAACGAACCCGAUAAGAUAACGGAAUAGCUGAACACGGUUACCUAUUUCUCUCAUUCCCUGUCAGUUCAUCGAUUAGCGUUAACCUAACCACAAUCCGCCGCGUGCAAUGGAAUUCCUUCUGGGAGGCCUCUCAUCCUGCUGUGCCGUUCUAUUCACCAAUCCAUUCGAUGUUCUCAAGACACGUCAACAGUUGGAAGGGGAGCUGCUAGCGAGAGGCAGCAUUGGUAAACGUGCCUACAAAGGACUGUGGCAAUCGAUCGUUUCCGUAGUGCAAUCCGAUGGUUUGCGAGGACUUCAGAAGGGACUUCCCGCGGCGGUUCUGUACCAGUUUUCGAUGAACAGCGUCCGAUUGGGAACGUACCAGACGGUGGAGAAUUUAGGGUGGACCAAAAGUGACGUUGCGUUUGUGUCACCCUUUCUGACGGUGUUUUGGGGUGGCUUUGCUGGGGUUAUCAGUUCCACCGUUUCCUGUCCGGUUUACGUGGUGAAGACGCAGAUGCAAGCGGUCAGUUCCGGUAACUAUACUGCAAAGUUUCAACAUAGACAUAGUGGAACGAUAGCAGCAUUCAGAAACAUGUACAAAGAGAGUGGGAUCAGAGGACUCUAUCGAGGUUACACGGCAAAUAUGGCACGGGUAGCGUUGGGAUCGUCCACUCAAAUGACUUCUUUUACGGCCUGCAAAGAAUUUUUCAUUCAGUACGAGACGUUUCAGGAUUCGGUGGUACUGACUGCACUGGCCAGCAGUACGGUAGCUGGUUUCUUCACAUCAGUAUUGAUGUCGCCAUGCGAUGUUGUUACGACCAGAAUGACAAAUCAAGGUGUUUCUCAAAGCGGAAAGGGGCUUUUGUAUAAGAACAUAUUCGAUUGCUUCCUGAAAAUUUACCGCGCCGAAGGUGUUCACGGAAUGUACAAGGGUUUUGUGCCACUCUACAUAAGGGUAGCACCUCACACUGUACUGAAUUUGACCUUUUGGGAAUUCUUCAAGAAUCUGUACGAUAAUUACUCAAAGAAGAAUGCAUUGAUCGCUGUAUCUGUUGACAGAUAAUACAAUCGGAUAUCAGAGCGUUGAAACUUUCAGAUCUGAGAUUCUAACAGGAAGUAUUUGUAAUUUAGAUUAAUUAUGCAUUUUGGUAGAGCUGCUGGUUUCGAAUAGUUGUUUAUUGAGAUUUUACAUAGAUAGGAAAACAAA